AUGAAUCAAUUGGAUAUUGAUAAUGAAUCGGACGAUAGUGGUCACGUAGAUGAUGAAGAUUCAGAAGACGAAGAUAAUUUUUCGUGUUACAGUGAUGACAUAGAUAAUGAUGAUUAUGGUACUGAUCUCAAUUUGUCUUCUUCACUUUGGGAUGAGUCGAGCGAGUUUGAAGUUGGUAUGUUAUUCUCGUCAAGAGAGGCUGUUAAAAAUACUACUAAAAAAUAUCACAUGUUAAGACACCCUGACUUUUGCAAUGAAGAGACCACAAGUAAAAUAUAUGCUACUAGAUGCAGUAAUAAAAACAGUAAUUAUAAGUGGAGAAUGCGUGAGUCCCGACAGAAAAGUUCAGAUAUUUGGAAAAUUACUCGUUACAACGGACCUCAUGCAUGUUCAAAUUUAACCAUGUUAAACGAUCAUUGCAAAUUGGAUUCAAAAUUCAUUUAUCAUUUCAUUAUGCCUAUCAUUCAAGAACAACUGAGUAUAAAGAUUUUAGAUUUCCAAGCUGAAUUUAAAGACAAAAUCGAUUAUGAAUCGAGUUAUAGUAAAACUUGGAAGGUAAGGCAUAUGGCAAUUGUAAAGAUUUAUGGAGGUUUGGAAGAAUCUUAUGGUCGGUUGAGACGAUUCAUGAUAGCAUUGUGUAAGCAAAACCCUAAAUCUCCUGUCCUUAUUGAAGAUGAGGAAUUAUUUAUCAAUAGUCAUUUAGUUUUGGGCUAUAAGAUUUUUGAUAGAAUGUUUUGA